UACCAGAACACCAGCGCCCUCUGUGAACACCUGAAAUACAUCUUAUCCAUGCCAGAACUUUGUGACGUCACAUUCCUCGUAGGGCCAACUAAAGUCCCCGUCCAUGGAGUGAAGGCUAUUCUAUCAACUCGUAGCAGGGUUAUGUACCAGCUAAUCCUUAAGAAUGAACGCUGUAUGAAAGAAGCCAAGAAGUCCAGAAAGCCCAGACAAUCCCGUUUGACCAUUGAAGUGAAUAAGUACCAGCCCGAGGACUUCCGCAAGAUAGUACAGUUCAUCCACUGUGGCUCUGUGGAUGUAGACUCCAGAAGUGUUGCAGGUUUGCUUUGCGGUGCCAGACAGUUUGGAUUAGACGAUUUGAAGACCGCUUGUUUGGAUUAUAUCAGACGAUGUGUCCAGACACGACCUCAGUCGCUGAUCACCAUACAGAGGGGUGCUAACCAGUACAUACACCACCGAUACGGCAUCAAGUUAUUCACCAAGGUGCAGCAUCUCAUGACAUCAACAACCAAGAAAGUGACACCAACUACCAAGAAAGUGACAUCAACUACCAAGAAAGUGACAUCAACUACCAGGAAAGUGGCUAUAGAGACAGCAGUAUGAAGUACACCACAUAGAAUAUUUCCACAAUAGUGCUAGUGACAAUUCUCACCGACUGUAAUUCAGAGAUACCCACUUUGUUAGAAGUGCUAGUUACAGGUAUCUGUGGGUCAGAUACAUGUCCCCUGCCUUACCGGACACCUAUGAUUGGGCAUUGUGUGCUAUGUUUGGACAUUUAUCAACAACUGUUCUAGUAUUGCCUCGUACUUGGACACUUGCCAACAACUGUUCUAGUAUUGCCUCGUACUUGGACACUUGCCAACAACUGUUCUAGUAUUGCCUUGUACUUGGAUACUUGCCAACAACUGUUCUAGUAUUGCCUUGUACUUGGAUACUUGCCAACAACUGUUCUAGUAUUGCCUUGUACUUGGAUACUUGCCAACGACUGUUCUAGUAUUGCCUUGUACUUGGAUACUUGCCAACAACUGUUCUAGUAUUGCCUUGUACUUGGAUACUUGCCAACGACUGUUCUAGUAUUGCCUUGUACUUGGAUACUUGCCAACGAUUAUUCUAGACAUUUUAUGCUGUACGGAGACACACGGAUGGUUUUUGUUAUUAUUAAAUUACAGUGCUAUAAGAUUGGGGCAAUCCAAAAUACUCUCAAACGUUGACACUUAAUUUCUACAAUUACUGUGCUGUUAUCAUACCAUUGUAUGUUUCCUGUAAAUAAUAAAACAAAUG